AUGGAGCGAUCUUUAAACCUCUUGGAUGAAACCCUAGUUCAUAUUCCUUCUUCCAAAGGAAGAGUUAUUCUGAUAGAAGAUCAAGUUGAGACUAAGGGAGCUUUUGUUCGUCAUCACCUCAUUAAACGUUCUCUCUCCAUUGAAUCUUCUGAAAUCGUUAUCUUUGUUGCUCUCUCGAAGCCUUUCUCUCAUUACUACCGCAUCUUAAGAAAACUGGGAUGCAGCUUGGUCGCGCAGAGCGAAAAUGCUAAAUUCAUAUUCAUAGACAUGCUUAAGAUAUGCACAACCGUCAUGAUGGACGAUUCAUCUCCUUUCGAAGUGGCUGCUAAAGGGUCUUCAACUUAUGUCUUAGAUUUUCUGCAUUAUUGUCACACCUUGACGUCAGAAAAUAUAAGUCUUUGUGGCAAUCCCCAUUUUUUCUUGUUUAUUGAUAUAUCUGUCAACUUUCUUCGCUCCUGA